AUGUGCGACGAAGCCGCCCGUCUUGCCAAAAUUGGCCGUCAAGAAUACGAUCUGAUUCGUAUUCACGAUGCACCAAACUGCGACGAUCAGACGAAAUUCGAGUGUGACUUGGAGCUUGCUCGAUUCCAAGUCAUCAGAAGUCAAAUCGCGUUGAAGAACGUUUACAACGAGGAGUUCGUGACUCCAGCCAAGCUCCGUUAUCUUCGUGACGAUCUGGAAGCAGCCGAGGAGCAUCUCAAGAAGUUACUCGAGCUCUCUCAAUGA